AUGCCACUCCCUGGUGAACUGAUGCAGAAACUCGGAGGUGGAUUCGGAUAUACAAAGAUAGACCUUGCUGAUGCCUAUAAUCAGAUCAAGCUGGCUCCAGAGAGUCAACGCAGACUCGCACUCAGCACUCACCGUGGAGUACUCCUGCAACAACGACUCCUUUUCAGAAUCAAGUCAGCACCUGGUUACUUUCAGAUCAUGGAAAACCUGACCCAUGAUCUACCUGGAGUGGCCGUCUUCCAGGAUGACAUGCUCACAAAUUCUUCUUAUCUAAGUGUUGCUGGUGCUUUUGUUCGAGUGGAUAUCAAACAUAGCCAUGCUUUAUAUAUCCUCAACAUAAUUGUUGGAUGGAUUUACUUCAUUGUGUGGACAGUUUCCUUUUACCCUCAGGCAAUUCUAAACUACAAAAGGAAAAGUGUGGUUGGUUUGAAUUUUGACUUUGUUGGCUACAACCUGAUUGGUUUCCUGGCUUAUGGUAUGUUUAAUGCUUUCCUCUACUGGGAUCCUGCCAUACAGAAACUGUAUUUUCAUGAUAAUCCUUAUGGUGUUCUCCCAGUUCAACUCAAUGAUGUAGUCUUUACUAUACAUGCAACAUUUAUCUCCUUGUUCACUAUUGGUCAAAUUUAUGUAUAUGAGCGUGGAAAUCAAAAAGUAUCCAAGAUUGGUCAAGUGAUUAUAAUUCUAAUGAUACUAUUUAUUUUAAUUUCCUUAAUUGUUGCUGGAGCAAAGGCAAUUAAUUGGUUACAGUUUCUGUAUUACCUAUCCUAUGUCAAGUUAUUUGUCACUUUUAUCAAAUACAUACCUCAGUGUCAUAUGAAUUGUGUAAGACGGAGUACAGAAGGAUGGAGCAUAUGGGGUGUCUUGAUGGAUUUUAUUGGUGGUGCUUUUAGUGUUUUACAAAUGUUUAUACUUUCAUAUAACAAUGAUGAUUGGAAAUCUUUAUUUGGUGAUCCAACUAAAUUUGGUCUCGGUGUUUUUUCCAUUGCUUUCGACAUAAUAUUUUGUCUACAGCAUUAUUUCUUUCAGAAAAACAAAUAUAUACCAUUAAUACAGACACAAAUUGUCCCAGAAAAGCAGUAACAAUGUGCCUUAUGCCACAGAGACAACACUACACCAUUAUACUACAUUAUUAAGCUAUAUAUCUAACAUAUUGACAUUAUAUAAUGCACACACGUGUGUGUGUAUGUGAACAUAUAUAUACGCACACAGAUACAUACAUAUAUGCAGAAUAAUGAAAAGUGAAGUAUCUGGCUGUAAAACCUUCCUCAACAAUUUCCAUGUACACACAUGCCAGCACAUAUUCACGCAUGCAUGCAUACACAAGCACACACACACACACACACACACACAAACACACACACAUACAUACACUCACACAUACAUACACACACAUAUACAUAUGCACACACAUACACAUGCAUAUAUGUAUCUAUAUACAUAUACACACACUCAUGCAAACACAUACACACACACACACACACA